GUGAGAAGCUGCUGUUCACAAUGGUCCGCGUCAAACUGACCUACGUGUUAACGCUGGUGAUAGUGCUGGUGAACCUGGUCACCUUAUCACUAGUCUACCCCUACGUCUUCACCCACCCCAAAGCAACACCAUCAUCGCCUCCAUCCUUGGCUUCUAGUCCUCCACCACCACCACCUAAAUCUCCAUCCACAGGCAAGGUCCACGUACUGCUGGUCUCCUCCUGGAGGUCCGGAUCCUCCUUCCUGGGCCAGGUUUUCAAUCAGCACCCGUCCGUCUUCUACCUGAUGGAGCCGGCGUGGCACGUGUGGAGGAAGAUGCACAUGCUGGGGGCCCAGGAGCUACGCAUGGCCGUCCGAGACCUGCUACGACAGGUGCUGAAGUGCGACAUGUCCGUCAUGGAGUCGUACAUGGGCCCCAACGCCAAGACCAACCAGGUGUUCUUCUGGAGCCAAAGCCGGGCGCUCUGCUCUCCACCCCUCUGCACCGCCACCCCCCCGGGCGCCUUCAGUAAGCAGGGAGAGUGUUUCAAGAAGUGUGGCGGCAAGCCCUUGUAUUCGGCCGCGGAUGCUUGCAGGAAGCACUACUCGCACGUGGUGCUCAAGACGGUCCGCAUCUUCGAGCUGGAGUCGCUGUACCCGCUGCUGCGCGACCCGACGCUGGACCUGCGCAUCCUGCACCUGGUGCGGGAUCCACGGGCCGUGUGGAGGUCGCGCAGACGCGUCAGAGCCACCUUGUUCAGCGACAGCCGGAUACUGCUGCAGCACCAACGUGGCUUGGCGGGAAUCGAGGAGGAUUACAAGGCCAUGGAGGCUAUUUGCCAGAGUCACAUGCGGAUCUACCGGACCGUGUUUCCGCAAAGUCCGCUCAACGACAACGAUACGCACCUACUACCACCGCUACCGAGCCACACCCAUUACAAGAUGGUGCGCUACGAGGACAUAGCUAACGACCCACUUGGACAGGUGGAGGACAUCUACCGCUUCGUGGGGCUGAACAUGACGAAGGAGCUUCACAGCUGGAUCCGCCUCUCCACGCACCGCCCGAGUUCUAAUCACGAUCCGUUCGGGUCCGACUCGAGGGACAUGAAGUAUGUGUCGCAGGUGUGGAGGAGCUCGCUGCCUCAUGGGGAGGUGCAGAGGGUGCAACAGGCCUGCAGGGAGGCCAUGGCCUUGUUAGGGUACCGCGCCGUGACCAGUGACAAAGACCAGAGGCAGCUCGGACAAGAUGUGCUGCUGCCUUUUGAACACAAGAAAUUGACGCUCCCCGAAUCUGAGAAGCAAAAGCAAAUCCUUUGAGGGCUAUUUUACACCAAGAGGUAUUGAACCUCUGCAACGUGGGCCCUGCCGUGGCCAACCUAAAGGGCACUCACCUGCCAUGCGGCUGACCCGGGUUGGAUUCCCGACCCGGGUCCUUUACCGACCCUUGUCUUUCUCCCAAUUCGCUUUCUGUCCACCUCUGAUACUGUCCUAUCAAAUAAAGUAAAAAAGAGCAACAACAACAAAAACCUCUGCAAUGGUCUAAAAGCGUUUGCAGAGGAUAGAUUCACAGGACCUUUCCAAGGUCAACUUCCCUAUAAGCAGCCUCACAACUUG